UGUUUUUCGUCAUUCGGAUAUAGGAAAACACAGAGAAAAACGAUCCGCAUUAAUAAGCCGAAAAACUUGACAAUGCGCUCCGCUGCACGCGAGAGGGCUGCCACCGCGACGUGCCGCGCCACGCCGCGACUGUGAGACGAUCAUUGUUUCGCGUCGAUUCCGCCGCAAGCCGGGAGAAGUGGUGUCGGCGUCAUGGCGGAGAUACCGUUGCUAACGAUCAGCUCGCGUUACUAAUUUCUCCGGUGCCAUCAAACUACUUAUCUACUCCACUCAUUCUACUCGAUGUGUCUCCGGGUCCGUUGAAAGCUGGCGCGUAAGAAAAAUUUUGCUCUGGAGCGAAAGCAGGUCGGCGACAAACGGGCGGCUGGUCCGCGCGCGCGCGCGCGCGUGCACGUCAAUGAGCAAGCGGAUGAGCGUUUCUACCACAGAGAACGUUUCGAUCCGAAAUUGCUCUCCUCCUCUUCCUCCUUGUCAUCACGCGGUUGUGUCAUAUCGUUCUCGAUCACCUGUCUAAGCUAGUGCUCUCUUGUCCUGGUCCGUCGCCUAUCGGAGCUUAGCGUACGCGCGAAACACUAGUACGGGUUCGCAGCAGGAAUACGCAAAAUGGUGCUAGCGUCGAAGUGUACGAUUGCUUGAACCACAAGGUGCGCAGGAAGUUGCGUGUAAUAAGAAAAUGGAUGAAUUCGCUGGUGAUGGUGUGGAUCUCUAUGACGAUGUGAUUGCUGCACCAGCUGGUGGCAAUGGGGGUGUCUCAUCUAGCAAUACAGGAGACGGUGGUGGUGAUACCACAUCUCCAAAUGAGGAAACCAAUGGAAAUGCACCUUACCAUCAACUUGGCAAUAACAUACAACCUAAUCAAAUCGGCAGACGACAUCAGUUAUAUGUUGGAAAUUUAACUUGGUGGACAAGCGAUCAGGACAUCACAGAUGCGGUUCAAAGCAUUGGAGUAACUGAUUUUGUGGAAGUGAAGUUUUUUGAGAAUCGUGCCAAUGGGCAAUCGAAAGGUUUCUGUGUGAUAUCUCUUGGCUCUGAGCAAAGUAUGAGGAUAUGUAUGGAUAGACUACCUAAGAAAGAUCUUCAUGGUCAGAAUCCAAUAGUAACUUUUCCAACAAAGCAAGCAUUGAACCAAUUUGAGUCGCAGUGUAAGACGCGACCUGCUCCGGCUCCUCAACAGAGUCAGAGCCAACGUCCUCAUAACCCACAUCAACAUCAGCCACCAAUGCCACCUCAUCAACAGCAUCCCCAACAUCCACAACAUCCACAACAUUCGCAACAAAAUCACGGUCCUAGAAUGAUGAUGGGUCCUCCGCAGGGCGUGAGACCACAAAGGAUGCCGCCACCGGGAAUGGGUCCACCGGGCCCUGGUGGACCCGGCCAGCAAGUGCCACCGCGUAUGCACGGCCCACCUAUGGGCCCUGGUCCAGGACCUCACCAUCCUCUACCUGGUCAUCCAAAUCAAGGGCCACCACCUGGUUAUCAGCAAGGACCAUGGAACGGACCACGACCUAAUGGUCCACCGGGUCCACCUAGGGGCCCGAGUGGUCCUGGUGGUCCACCGCAGCAAGGUCCUCCUGGACCAGGUCCCGGCCAACACAGACUACCGGGUAUGCAAUUUCACGGUGGUCCGCCUGGACCGCCUGGUCAAGGACCUCCUCGCGGCCCACCUGGACAUCCCGGUGGACCACCAGGGGACCCACGUGGAACCCAACCACGUCCUGAAUGGAAUAGACCGCCAGGAAUGCAUCAUGGGCCUCAGGGACCACCUGGUUUCCCUCAACAUCAACAUAUGCAAGGGCCGCAGCCUGGCCAAGGCCCACCACAGAGAGGACCUCCUCCAGGUUCUAUGGGUGGUCCAGGGGGGCCGCCACCUGGACAUGGUGGUCCGCCUCAGGGACCUCCUCAAGGACCACCUGGCGGCCCGGCACCUCAUGUCAAUCCUGCAUUCUUCCCGCAAGGUCCACCACAUCAACAUCCCGGCCAGCAUCCACCCGGACCACCUGGUCCACCUCAUGGUCCACCCCAUGGGCCACCUCAUGGGCCACCUCAUGGGCCACCUCAUGGUCCGCCGCAUGGACAACCGCAUGGACCACCUCAUGUACCACCACACGGUUACGGACCACCAAGUGCACAGACACCUUACGGAGCACCCGGACCUGAUCAUCGUCCAGAAGGUCCACCUCCGCUUACUGAGCAAGAAUUCGAAGAGAUAAUGGGCCGUAAUCGCACAGUAUCUUCGUCGGCAAUAGCGCGUGCAGUGUCUGAUGCCGCGGCAGGCGAAUACGCAAGUGCCAUAGAAACUCUGGUCACCGCAAUCUCGUUAAUCAAGCAAUCCAAAGUAGCCGCGGAUGACAGAUGCAAAAUUCUGAUUAGUUCUCUACAAGAUACUUUACGCGGUGUCGAGACCAAGAGUUAUGGAUCCGGACGUAGAGAGCGCUCACGUUCGCGCGACAGAGAGCGCAGCCACAGAAGACGACGGGAGCGGUCCAGGAGCCGAGAUCGCGAAUAUCGCGAGCGUAGCAGAGACCGGGAUCGUGAACGUGACCGGGAACGUGAUCGCGAAAGAGAAAGGGACCGUGAUAGGGACCGGGAACGUUAUUACAGCGAACCAUAUCCGAGAGAGCGAUCACGCAGCAGAGAAAGAGAGCGCGAACGUGAAAGAGAUCGUGAAUAUAGAGAACGAAGCAGAGAAGAAAGUACAACACGUCAGUCAGCCAGGCCAAGAGUAAAAGAAGAACCGCCAGAGACGGCACCCGUCUCGUCUUCCAAGGCGUCUAGGUAUUAUGAUGAUCGCUACAGAGAGCGUGAGAGAGACAGAGAUCGAGAACGAGAAUCAAGCCGAAGACCAUCUGAGCGCGAACGGGAGCCGGAACGAGAACGUGAGCGAGAACGAGAACGAGAACGAGAUCGACGCGACGAGAGAGGAGACUCCUCACAUCGUUCAAGACACUAAAAAUAUCAGAAAAGGAAGAAAGCAUCGAAGGGACUCGACACGAUGUGUACAAUCACGUAUUGUGAUUGUCGUCUUUUUAGUUUUCGGAGCAAAUCAUUGUAUCGCUUAAUGUGUUCACGAUAUACGUGGCAUCCAAAUAUUUUUAACGAUAAGUAAGAAUAUCGAGAUACAUUUUGCGUAAGACAAACAUUUGACUGUGGUGGUUUCCAAGUUGCUUAUCCUACUUAAAGUAGUCCGACGUAGCAGACUCAUUGUAGAACUUUAAACGUUCUUUAUCUUUUAUUUUUCUGGAAAUUUUUCGACUCGAGCUCAGUGUAGGAUUAUCGUAAAGUAUAUUCUAUAAUUGCAAAACUUUUUUGUCUUGCAUUAUAUACAUACACGUAUAUUAAUAUGAUAAUGCACUAUAUAUGUAUACAUAUUAUGUCUAUGUAACGGUGUUACAAUUUAAGAAAAUAUCCAUUUAGUCUGAGAGUGUAGGUUUGUAAAAUGUAAAACAAAUAUCUGUCGCGUUUGAAAUGGACAAGAUAGAGAAAAGGUAUAAAAGAAGAACAUAGAAAUACGGUACGUACAGGGAACUACGGUGUGCGAUGAGAAGAGACAGAGGGAGAAGAUUAAGCGCAGAAAAGCAUACAACAUGGAAAGAAAGAGGAAGAGAGAGAUGAAUGGAGAGAUAUAUAGGAAGAAAGGAAAGAAGGAAGAACGAAGACAUCUGCGCGAGAGUUCAUCAGACUUCUAGCUGCACGACGAUGCAAGAUUGUAUCUUAACAUAAUACAUAUAUACGCUUUCAAAAAUAUAAAUGCCAAAUAUGUCUUUACUUUAUUCAUCUGUACACAAAUUCCUGACAACAAACAAAAGUACUGUGUUUUUGUUUAUAUGCGAUUUUACGUAUGCAAAGUGCUCCCGAGCUCACUUUUCGAAAAGCGGCACCGUCGCACAUUAUAUUUCUUGAUCCUUUGACGUACGAUUCGCACUAUCUUUUAUAUCGUGAAUAAGCUUCGAGGAUUACCAAUGACACAGAGGAGAAGAAAAUUUCUAUUAUUAUGUGAAACAAGUGUUUUAAAUAAUUCUAUAGACGGUUCGCCUUUUGAAAACUGAGAAAAGAUGAAAGUAUAUUGAUUAUGGAAUAGGCCUCUUAUGAUAAGGAAAACUAGGAAUAAAUGCGCUAAUAUUAUGUCUGUGAAAAUACUGUACGAAUUACUAUCAAAAUAUGCACUUUUUUAUAUGAAUUCUAUAGUCUUGUUGUUGUAUACAUACUGAUGGUAGUAAGCCGUAAUAUCGUCGUAACUUAAUCGUUGUUAGAUAUGAUUUAGUUCGUAGAAGAUAAUUUCUCACGAAGCAUCACGAAGCAUUACAUAUAACGCAAUUAUUCCUACUAAAAAUCAACAAGCUCCUGACCCUUUGUGUUAUAAGUUAUAAGACUAAGUUUAGAAAAGUGCAUGAUAUAUAUUUCCGUUGUACUCAUAUCUUGAUGUGUUAUUUGAGAUACAAUUGAGUACAGUCAAUGAUUAUUGACUGUAAACAGAUAGAAUUAAGAAAAUCAAAAGUCACUCCACGAUAUACUGAUAGUCAAAUUAUUUGGUUAAUAUUAAACAUAGGAUAAGGUAGCGUCAAUAUAUCGGUGUAUCGGAAAACAUUGGUACAUUGUGAUACACAGUGAGUUGCAAAUUCUAUAAUUCUGACGAAACUAAAACAAUUUGACUAAAAGUAUUAUUUUCUCUAGCCAGCGGUUAAUACACCUCCCAUAACAGAGUCAUUGAUUCUAAAAAGACUAAAAUAUCCCUUUGAAAAUAUCGUUGAUUUGCAAAUUGUUAAUAUUAUCGAUACAUUCAAACUGUAUACAUUCCAUUUUCGAAGAACAAAAUAUCAUCAAUGCUUACUCUUGUGAAUUUAUUAGCUAAAUUUUAAAAUUCCCAGUGAAUUUUGUUAAACAUAUGUGAUUCCAAAGUAAUCGAAAAACCUAAAGAGAGCAAAAAAAAUAUUUUUAAAGAAAUAUUAUUUUUUGUGUAUAUGUGCGUGUGUAAUUUAAUUCGAAGCAUACCCACUAAGCAAAUUAAUAGCAAAGUGCGCGCAGAUUGGCAGCAAAUUUGAUCCUGUACCAAAACUAUAACCAUCUGUGUUUGCAUUCAGCUUAUAUUUUAAUGUCAGCUGACAGACAAACAGAUCCUGUCGCACAGGGUCGCAGGGUCUGUUUGAUUUUUGCUGCCAGUCUAUCAUCAGGUCGUUACAAGCUCUACUCAGAUUGCCUGUUAGCAGGCUCUCUUAUAUUUCUGACUGCAGUUUGGCAAUAUAAUCAGAUAUACAAAUCCUGUGUUGGAUUUGCUGCCUUCCUGCCAUCACAAAUUUGUAGUAAGUUCUGUUUAAAAUUUGCUUGCACAGAUUUGGCUAUCUGGGUAUGAGGUGACAAUAUUUGUCCGAUUUUUGUUAAUUCAAACGGAUGUUUCCUGAAUGAUUAUUCUUUCAGUUUUGUGUUCAAUUAGCUUUAGCGUACAUAAUUUUACAUAAAAGAGUGAAAUUUUAUUCAUCUCUUUUUAUUAUUUUAUAAGAGAAAGAAAUUAAUUUUGAAGAAAGGCAUAUGUCUUGUACAUAUUCUGUGUAUAUUCAACAGCGGAUUGUUAUGUAAACAUUCCUGCCGUUGUAUUUUGUAAAUUGAAAGAAAUUGUAAUUCAUUGUUAUACAAUUCUGAUAAACAGAAUUCUUUGUGCUAGAAAAAAAUUCUUUAUGAGCACAUCCCUAAUAUUUAUAUAUAUUUUCAAGACUGUGAAAAUAAUGAUAAUACAUUCAGUAUAAUGCUCCACUGAAAAGUGCUUUAAAAAGAUUUUUUAUUUUUUUAAUAUCUAUUAUUUUUGCACGAAUUAUGUACAUAUGCCCAAUAUUUUAUUUAUGUCGAAAACUAAUGCGCACACAAGGAAUGACUUUUUAUCCAUUACAAAACGUACUAUUAAGAGAUUCACAAAAUAAAAAGGAAUUAUUUCUUUCAAA